GGAGCUGAGGGAAGGCGGGCCCUCAUCUGCGAGAUAGGUGGGGGGAAGGGAGGGGAGAGCCCGAGCUGGAGUUAGUGCUGGGAAACCCGGGGCUAAUGUUGACAACAGGCUCGAGAUUGUCCUGGGUAACAUAAUGCCAGCUGAGCGUAAAAAGCCGGCAAGUAUGGAAGAAAAAGAAUCUUUGCUAAACAACAAGGAAAAAGAUUGUGGUGAAAGGCGGCCAGUGAGCAGCAGGGAGAAACCAAAAGACGAGAUCAAGCUCCCUGCCAAGAAAGAGGUUAUUAAGGUCCCUGAAGAUAAAAAGAAGAAACUGGAAGAAGAUAAAAGAAAAAAAGAAGACAAGGAACGCAAGAAAAAAGAAGAAGAAAAGGUAAAGGCAGAAGAGGAAUUAAAGAAAAAAGAGGAAGAAGAAAAAAAGAAACAUGAAGAGGAAGAGAGAAAGAAGCAGGAAGAGCAGGCAAAACGACAGCAAGAGGAAGAAGCUGCCCAGUUGAAAGAGAAAGAGGAAUCUCUUCAACUUCAUCAGGAAGCGUGGGAACGACAUCAGUUAAGAAAGGAACUUCGUAGCAAAAACCAAAAUGCUCCAGACAACCGACCAGAGGAAAAUUUCUUUAGCCGACUAGACUCAAGUUUGAAGAAAAAUACGGCUUUUGUCAAAAAACUAAAAACUAUUACGGAACAACAGAGAGACUCCUUGUCCCAUGAUUUUAAUGGCCUAAAUUUAAGCAAAUACAUUGCAGAAGCUGUAGCUUCUAUUGUGGAAGCAAAGCUAAAAAUAUCAGAUGUGAAUUGUGCUGUGCACUUAUGCUCUUUGUUUCACCAGCGCUAUGUCGACUUUGCUCCAUCACUUCUGCAGGUUUGGAAAAAACAUUUUGAAGCAAGGAAAGAAGAGAAAACACCUAACAUUACCAAAUUAAGAACUGAUUUACGUUUUAUUGCGGAAUUGACAAUAGUUGGGAUUUUCACUGACAAGGAAGGUCUUUCUUUAAUCUAUGAACAGCUUAAAAAUAUUAUUAAUGCUGAUCGGGAAUCACAUACUCAUGUUUCUGUGGUGAUUAGUUUUUGUCGACAUUGUGGAGAUGAUAUUGCUGGACUUAUACCAAGGAAAGUAAAGAGUGCUGCAGAGAAGUUUAAUUUGACUUUUCCUCCUAGUGAGAUAAUUAGUCCAGAGAAACAACAACCUUUCCAGAAUCUUUUAAAAGAAUACUUUACAUCUUUGACCAAACAUCUGAAAAGGGACCACAGGGAGCUACAGAAUACUGAGAGACAAAACAGGCGUAUUCUACAUUCUAAAGGGGAGCUAAGUGAAGAUAGACAUAAACAGUAUGAGGAAUUUGCUAUGUCUUAUCAGAAGCUCCUGGCAAAUUCUCAAUCCUUAGCAGAUCUUUUGGAUGAAAAUAUGCCAGAUCUUCCUCAAGACAAACCAACACCAGAAGGUAAGAUAUUCUUAAAAACAAAUAUUAUGAUAUUUUAGUAAGUACUACCACUA